CCGUUAGAACCCUGUCGCGUCUUGCACUGCACGAGACGCGUAAAGUGCUUGCGCUCGCGCAGAACCAUUCUGUUUGAGGACGAAACCACCGACCAUCGUCAUUCUCCUUAACCGCUUCCCUUCAAUAUUUGAAUUGCCGGUGGACCCAUUCGACAACCGAACCGCAAGCAGUAGACCGGCAACUUGUCAUGUCAAAUUUCUUCGACCUCAAGGCCAGGAAGGCCGCAGCUGCAAAUGGGACAGCAUCGACCAGCACAGAGAAGCAGACCAACGAGAACGCCAGAGCGCAACCCUGGGUUGAGAAAUACCGACCCAAGAAAUUGAGCGAUGUGACGGCUCAAGACCAUACCAUCACCGUCCUGGAGCGGACACUGCAAGCCUCCAAUCUCCCACACAUGCUCUUUUACGGGCCCCCAGGCACCGGAAAAACCUCCACAAUCCUCGCGUUGGCCAAGGAGCUGUACGGCCCGGAACUGAUGAAAUCCCGUGUCCUGGAGCUCAAUGCCUCGGACGAGCGCGGCAUCUCGAUCGUGCGCGAAAAGGUCAAGGACUUUGCCCGGACCCAGCUCACCAACCCCCCGCCGGGCUACAAGUCGCGCUACCCGUGCCCUCCCUUCAAGAUCAUCAUCCUCGACGAGGCCGACAGCAUGACGCAAGAUGCCCAGAGCGCCCUGCGCCGAACCAUGGAGACGUACAGCAAGAUAACGCGCUUCUGUCUCAUUUGCAACUAUGUCACGCGCAUCAUCGACCCGCUGGCCAGCCGUUGCAGCAAGUUCAGGUUCAAGAGCCUCGACCAAGGGAACGCGCGGCGUCGGCUCGAGGAUAUUGCCAAGCUGGAGGGGGUGCCGAUCGAUGAUGGCGCCGUGGACGCGCUCAUCAAGUGCAGCGAUGGUGACCUGAGAAAGGCAAUCACCUUUCUGCAGAGCGCCGCGAGACUGGUCGGUGCCAGCGCGGCGACGGCGGGUGGCAGGGAUGAAGGUGACAAGAUGGAUGUGGAUAAGAAAACGGUGACGGCCAAAGUCGUAGAGGAUAUUGCCGGUGUGAUUCCAGACGACACGAUUCAGAAGCUGGUUCAGGCAAUGCGACCUCGGACUGCUGGCGAGACAUACCAGGCUAUUGCCAAGGUGGUGGAAGACAUGGUAGCGGACGGAUGGAGCGCGGGACAAACCUUGUCACAACUUCACCAAGCUAUUGUUUACGACGAGACAAUCACGGAUGCCCAGAAGAACAAGAUCGUCUUGGUAUUCUCCGAAAUCGACAAGAGACUGGUGGAUGGGGCGGACGAGCACCUUUCGAUAUUGGAUCUUGCACUCCGCGUGUCGGGCAUCAUGGCUGGAAGGUAACUGGCGAGCCGGGAAAAAAAAAAAAAAAAAAAAAAAAAAAAAAAAAAAAAAAAAAAAAGAGGGAAGGCGAGGAAGUUUGGGACAGA